AUGCCACCCCGGCGGUCUGCGGCACGGGCAUCAAGUGUGACGCCUAUUCGUGCCGCUUCUCCAUCCAGGCGAUCGACUCGUGGAAGCAGUGUCCUAACACCUGAGGAUGCCAUCCCGAAGAGAGUCACCCGAGGCGGCUCUCAACAACCGAGCUUAGCCGAAGGAGCUCUCAACAAUCCCAAGCUUCCGGAGGUCCAGAUCCAGCAGUCAUAUGCAUAUGGCUCCAGUAAAACGCCUGUGCUGCCGGCACAGUUGGUGGCCCGCAACAAGAUGAAUCUACGUGAAAUGGCUGAGACCAUCGAUGCUGGGGUGGAGCAAGCACAGCAACAUCUUCAAACUCAUAUCGAGGAGACUCGCGCUAACCUACAAACCGAAACCCGGGCGGAAAGGGCUCGUCGCCGAGCAUCGCGCGAGGCUUCCGGAGAAGGAUCCGUCGCCAGCGAUGACGUGGAGAAGGACAAAACCCAGCGGGUUGCCGCGUGGGCGAGCUCACUCGAGAGCGGCCAGCUUGACGAAAUACCAGAGGAAGACAGCAGUUCGGUGCGGAGCACUCCUGACGAUGCCACCCACAAGGACACCGAUCCGUCAAGCUUUCCUAGUGGGAUCUUCGAUCACAGCUACAAUUACGAGCGCGGUCUUCGGAGGCCCAAUGUCACAGUACGGAGGAGAGGGGCAGAGAGCUCCCUACAGCAGGCGUGGAAAGCAUCCAAAGCAGCCGCCGACCAUUCUCGCCAGACGGUAUCACAUAUACUGAUUUCAGUGUCCCACUGGCUCUCCAGACUCUUUCGAGCCAGUGGAAGGGCAGUCGACGACCUUCCGAACUCGCCCUUUAUUUUAGUCUUGGUCAACCUUCUCUUCGCGCUACUCGUCGCCAGUGCUGCCGCUUUUCUCUUCUGUUAUACAUACACUAAUUACGUGUGUGACCCAUAUUCCAGUUCUCCCAUAGGCCAGACCUUGCAGAAAUACUGUGGAGGCUGUACACGGAGUCCGAGCGACCUUCUGAACCUCACAUCCGGCGACGGAGGCGAUCUAUCCAGGCUCUCUACAGCGCUUACCGGAAUCCACAGCCAGAUACGCGCCAUCGAGUCACGACUCAGCGACAAGCUUGAGUCACAGUACGCGGUAGUAGACAAAGACAUUGAGGCACUGCGGAAACAACACUCGGAACUAUCGAAUCACAUUUCAGGGCUGAGGGCAGGGCGACCGGCCUCAUCUGGCGACGUGGCAUCUCCCGUGAUUGCAAAAGUCAACUUCUUUGCGCCCAACAAUGGGGCGAAGAUUGAGCCACGCCUGACAUCGCCCACUAGGCAGAGACCGCUGCGACUGGUGCCGAGAGUGAUCUUGCGGAUGGCCGGGAUGACGAUAUAUGAGACGAAGCAGGCCAUCACCGCGCUUAUGCCAUGGCAAGACGUGGGAGACUGUUGGUGCUCGUCAGCCAACCCGAGCAAACAAGACUCGAUGCGACUGGGGGUCAAGGUGACUGAGAUGAUCUUCCCGACCGAACUGGUGGUGGAGAAUUACCCGAAUGCCGGCUCGCGGUUCCCCGGGUCGACUCCCAAGAAGAUCGAGGUCUGGGCCGACUUUGACCAUCUCGACAGUAGAGAAUGGGAGGGCCUGGCCAUCAGGCAGAUGCAGGUGCAGGCAGACGGCACCAUGGGGCCGACAUUUGCCUUGAUUGGGGAGCUGGAGUAUGACGCCUCGGUCGAGGCCAACCACGUCCAGGCGUUUCCGCUGGCCGUCAAUCAGCACCGACAUUUGUAUGCCGCGCGGUCGUUUGUGAUCCGGGUCAUGUCCAACCACGGGUCAGAUCACACGUGCCUGUAUAGGGUCCGCAUGCAUGGCGUUCCCGCGGCGGAGGCUGAUCGUGGAGGGUUGUAG